GGUUGGGAAAACAGGAUGUGGCAAAAGUACGACCGGGAACACGAUUCUCGGUCAGGACCUCUUCGACAGCGACGUGACCUUUGAGUCGGUCACCAGCACGUGCAGCCUCAAGCGCGGGACACGCAAUGGGACUAACAUCGAGAUCAUGGACUCGCCGGGUCUUUUGACACCGGAAGGACGCACGAGGAGGUGGCGGCUGACGUGGUUCAAGCCGUUGCCUGCAUGCACCCGGGGCCCACGGCCGUGCUGUACGCCGUCAUGAUCGGCAACCGCUACACGGAGGAGGAGACUGGGGUGUAUGAGAGGCUGAAGGCUCUCCUCGACCCCCGCGUGACCCAGUACAUGAUCAUCCUCUUCACGCGCGGCGACGACCUCAAAAGAAAGAAGAGAAGCAUCCAGGAGAUCUUGUCUUCGGCCCCUGAACAUCUCCGCAAGGUCCUCGAUGAGUGCGGCCACCGCUACGUGGUCUUCGACAACAUGGCAGACGACAAACAACCGCAGGUGGAGCAACUGAUCGAGGAGGUGCGCAGACUGAGGGAGGCGCAUGGCGGCAAACCUUACACGUGUCCCAAGUACGGAGAGGUCGGCGAGAAGAUGGAGAAGGAGGUGGCUAGGAGACUGCAGAAGGUAGAGGAAGAGGAGGUGAAGAGAAAGAAGUAUGUACAGGAGCUGGAGGAGAAGACGAAGAAGGCACAGGAGGAAGCUGAGAAAGAUAAACAAGAAUUUGAGAGAAGAGAAAGGGAGAGGGAAGAACAAAUAAAGAAGAGCGAGGUCGAGAGAGCCAAGCAGCUGGAAGCCAUGAUGGAGGCCUUGAAACAACAGCAGCUCAGCGCUGAGCGGAUGCACCAACAGGAGAUGGAGUAUCGCCAGAGAAUGGAAGAAGAGAGGUGGCGUCAGGUACAGGAGAUGGAACAAAAGAGGAAAGAAGAAAUAAAAUCUAUGGAGGCGGGACAACAGAAGCUACAGGAGCUGUACGCCAAGCAGCUGGAGGCGGAGAAGCAGGAGUCGAGGCGCCGCGAGGAGCGGUACAUGGCGGAGAUGCGGCAGCUGAAGGACCAGAUCGCCAGUGCACCCAAGAGUCGCAGUUUCUGUGUAAUUCAGUAACUCCUUUCAGACUUGAUAGCAGGCUUACUGUAAACAUAGAAAAACAUAUGCUGCCGACUGAGAUAAAGUGACAUGUCACUCAGGAAUGGGACUAAGACCAGCACUUAGGUUUUGUUUGUUCAGUGUAGAUAGGUGAUAUGUUUCCCCUCUUUAUGUAAUGGCAACAUUAAAAUGACUCCCAGUUAGUUCUCUGUGAAGAUCCUAUAAGAAGCAAAUAUUCUCGGUAAGACAUUUACUAACGAAAAUUUCAUUUUGGCUCAUCACUUGACUCGUAAACACAUCGCUCUCCCUCCCUCCCCCUUUCAUUUUACCUUCCUGGCAGUUAAACUCGAUCUGCUUUCUCCUAAAAUAUGUCAGAAUAUAUUUGAAUCUGAUAAUAAAAAUAACUCCCCAAAGAUUUUAUGUGACGUUACGUGGUAUACAGUAGGAAAAAAGUAAUUUUGAGUUCAAGAGAUGGAACAGAAAAAAAAUAAUAUAGCUGCUUGUGCGAAAAUCUGUUUUAAGUUGGAACUGAAACAAAGUAAAGAGACAGCGAACUCGGGGAACAGGCUUGAUGAUGAGAGACAAAGACUGGGGAAAGAACGGUCGAGGACUCUCUCGUUUGCGAAAUUCACACACACACACACGCGCGCGCACACACACACAUGCACACAUCUUUCUAUAUCUAUAUAUAUAGACGUCCAUUUCUCCCCCAGGAAGGAGUGGUUUAUCGGGUCAAUACAAGUCGGCCAACGUCUCGUGACAGCCACUCCCAUCAUCCCCGAAUGUGGCAGUUUGCACCAGGACAUUAAACAUUAAAAAAUUGAGGUGAGGCGCCGGUGUCCUCCCAAUGUGACCUGCAGUGCUAUUGUUGUAAUGACUGUAUUAUCUAUAUUAUAAUUAUUAAUGUUGAUGAACAACAUUAACUGUCAUGCCUAAACUACAGCGUUAGAGGAAUUUUAUUUCAAAAUUAUAAAGAUAACCAAAAUAAAAAAACUUAAUAAAAAAAUAAGACAGUUA